AUGGCCCCCAUCAACUCCGCCCUAAUCCUCUCCCUCCUCACCUCCCUCGGCGGGAUAAUCGGCUAUGCCCGCACAGGCUCCAUCCCCUCAAUAGCAGCCGGCCUCUCCGUCGGCUUCGUGUACCUCCUCUCAUUCCUCCGCCUGCGCGCAGGCCAGUCCUACGGCGAGGAGCUCGGUCUGCUGGCUUCUGUUGUGCUGGGCGGGAGCUCCAUUCCCCGCGUUAUCAAGACGGGCGGAAAGCCUGUUCCUCUUGGACUAUCUAUUCUUGCUACGUAUGGGCUUUGGGUUUUUGGGGUUGCGUAUAAGGCGAGGAGGUAG